AAGAAGCAAUAAUAUUUUCUGUAACAAUUAAGUUCUGGAAUGUGUAUAUGUGAUGUUUUUGUUUUCAAAAUGUUUGUUACCUUUUGGGUGUGUCCUUAUAGCAGCCAUCUUGGAACCUACCAAAGAGGAGGCCCGCCUCAAACCCAGCUCUUUUAUAGAAAGGACCUUGUUUGCUGGACUUUGAUUGGCUGGGCAGUUAAUUGAGGAGGUGGCGACAACAGUAUAUAAGGAGACUGUUGGCUGUACCAAGGGAAGAGAGAGAAGGCUUGAGAGUCUGAAGGGAAGAUGUAAUUUUUUUCCCCCCCCCUUGGCCCUGACCUAUGCUGUGCUGAGGGAGGCCUAAUAAACCACCUUUGUUUAAACUGCAGCCAACUUUGAGGAGUUUUCCUUCCACACCACACCUCGCAGCGUAACAGUGGUGUCAGGAGUGGGAUUGUUUACGCCUGUGAAUGAAGGAAGACAACAGGCUAAAUGAGAGGAGUAGGGCGUGGAAGAACUCGUGGGACAAAGAAAAGCCCCCUUUCUGAGAUGGAAGGACAAAGCGGAGGACCAGCAGAGCCGGAUUCACUACCUGAGGGAGCCAUGGCUGGCGAAGACAUUUUUGAACCGGUUGUGCGGCCUAAGCAUACCACAGUUGGAGCUGUGAGUAAAGAGCAUUCUGAAACUGACAUCUUUGAUGAAAUAAGAGAAUUUAUGCAACGUUCUAAACGAACAGAAGCAAUACUGUUUGACCAGAUUAAACAGUUGUGCAGUAACAUGCCAAAGCUGCAAAGUGAUGUUUAUGCUGAACAGGAGCUGUCUAUCAGAACUGGCAUUUCUACAGAAGCAGCUGUUCCAAAGCGAGAGACUAGGACACUGUCUCAGCUGUCUGCAACAGAGGAAGUCCAAGGAGCCUCUGGUUACCAAGCGGAACCUUAUUCUCCAUCUCAGCCCCAGCAGCAUAAAGCACAAGUAGCUCCAGCACAAAGAGUGGAACCAACCCGUGGAGGUGAUCCAAGAAUACCUGACUUUAAGGAGGGUGAGGAUCCUGAAAGUUUUUUCAUACGUUUUGAACGCAUUGCUAAAACAUGGGGAUGGCAACCAGCUGAAUGGGCUGCUAGAGUGGUCACAUUAUUGACUGGAAAAGCCCUUGAGGCAUAUGCUGGUAUGGAUGAGGACCAAUCUGACUCUUAUGACGCUAUUAAAGCUGCUGUGUUGUCUAAGUUUAAUGUAACAGAAGAGACCUACAGAUACCGGUUUCGAAGCAUCAGUGUUCCAGUGGGAGAGGGUGUACGUGAAACCUACGGUCGGAUAAAGGGACUCUACAAGCGAUGGAUGCGGCCUGACAGUCGGAGUAAAGAAGAGAUGGGGGAAACGAUCAUCUUGGAGCAGUAUCUACGUGUGCUUCAACCAGACGUCCGCACAUGGGUGAAGGAGAAUAAUCCAAAGACUGGAGAGGAAGCGGCAGACCUGGCUGAACGUUACCUGGCUGCUCACAGAGAACCUUCUAGGUCAAGAGUGACUGAGAGACCAAAGUCUAUGGAGGUAAAACCUCCAGGUGCAACUAAUGUUGCCAAUUUGGACAAGAGGGGUGGUAAGAAGUACACACAACCUGGACCAAGGUAUGGUCUCAUUUGUUACUAUUGUCAGCAGCCUGGUCACAAAGCUUCCUUAUGCCCAUUAAGAAAAAGUAAGUCAGUAGAGUUAUGUGUGGUACCUUCCAAGGAACAUAAUUAUGAACUUUCUGAUGACAUGAUUCCACAUAAACAUGUAGUUGAUGUGGUGAUAAAUGGCAAAGCUGUAAAAGCUCUUGCAGACACAGGUAGCUCACGAACUCUGGUGAAAUCAUCUUUGUUGAGUAAUGUACUGCCUCACUUUAACAAACCGGUAAACAUUACUUGUGUUCAUGGAUGUCAAAAAGAGUAUCCAACUGCUGAUGUCACUAUUGAUGUUGAAGGACAAGUUUUUAUGUUGACUGUUGGAGUUUUGAAUCAGUUAGCAUAUGAUGUUAUCCUAGGAGAAGAUUUACCAAUCCUAGAUAGUUUGGUUCAAGAAAACUUAGUGGCUUAUUCCUGUGCUGUCACCACACGUUCCAUGAAAAAGGAUUUAGAACUUCUGCCAGAUGUAGAUGAUGAUCUGUAUGAAGGAGGAAAUAAAAUCAAGAAAUCAAAACGACAGCGUAGACAGGAGAAAAAUAAGAACAAAAGCAGGUCAAAACUCCCUGAACCUGCAUUGCCAUUAACUCCAUGUAUUGAUUUCCAGUGGAAAAUUCCUAAUAACUUUAAUGAGAGACAAGAAAACGAUCCAUCUUUGAAACCUCUCUUUAAUAAAGCACAUAAAGAUGGUGGAAAAGAGAGUGCUGCUGAGUUCAAAAGUUUAGCAGGAGAGCCUUUCAUUAUAAAGGAUAAACUUUUGUAUCUAGCAGAUAUUGCUGAACCCAGACUUGUUGUCCCAAAAGAAUACCGUUUAGUAAUUCUGCAUUUGGGUCACACUAUACCAUGGUCAGGACACUUAGGACAGGCAAAAACUUAUAAUCGUGUUGCUCAACGUUUUUAUUGGCCAGGAUUAUAUAAAGAUGUAGCUGAAUACUGCAAAACAUGUCAUGACUGUCAGUUGGUGGCCCCUACUAAAGUGUCAGACCGUGCCCAGUUGCAGACAUUGCCUAUAAUGAGUGUUCCUUACGAGAGAAUCGCCAUGGAUAUCAUAGGUCCCUUACCUAAGAGCAGUAAUGGUCAUAAAUAUGCAUUAGUCAUCUGUGACUAUGCAACCCGAUAUCCAGAUGUUUAUCCAUUACGUUCUCCGCAGGUUAAACAUAUUGUCCGGUGUUUAGUAGACCUUUUCUCCAGAGUUGGUAUCCCAAAGGAGAUUCUGACAGAUCAGGGUACCAAUUUCAUGUCACAAGUGAUGAAAACUCUUUAUGAUCAACUGGGUGUAAAAGGGAUUCGUACUACUCCAUACCAUCCAGAAACCGAUGGUUUGGUAGAACGAUUUAAUGGUACAUUAAAGCAAAUGUUGAGAAAGUUUAUUGAUGAUACUGGCAAAAACUGGGAUAAAUGGUUGCCUUUCCUUUUGUUUGCUUACAGAGAGGUACCACAAGCCUCAACUGGUUUUUCUCCGUUUGAGUUAAUUUAUGGGAGACAGGUUAGAGGCCCUUUGGACAUGCUGAAGGAGAACUGGGUGGCUGGAGCGGCAUCAGGAUCCAGUGAAGCAGCUUCACCAACUAACAUCAUCUCCUACAUACUUCAGAUGAGAGACAACCUGGAAAAGUACAGAGAACAAGCUAAAGAUCAUAUGGAGAAGGCUCAACAUAGGCAAAAGAUGUACCUGGGCGAACUGAAAUUAUAACACACAAAAUAACUUUGAAAGAUGCAACACCUGUUCGUCUUAAGCCUUACAGGAUUGCAGAAAGAAUGAUGGAUCCACUGAAAAAAGAGGUCCAGAUGAUGCUGGAAAUGGGAGUGAUAGAGCCAUCAAGAAGCGAGUGGUCAAAUCCCAUUGUGCUGGUUCCUAAAAAAGACUCAAAGCAAUUACGUUUUUGUUCUGACUUCAGAAAGUUGAACAGUAUUUCCUGUUUUGAUUCUUAUCCCAUGCCACGCAUUGACGAGCUACUGGAAAGACUGGGGAAGGCCAAAUAUAUCACAACCUUAGAUUUAUGUAAAGGUUACUGGCAAGUGCCUUUAGAUCCAUCCUCUAAGGAAUACACAGCCUUUCA